AGGAGCCCAGGAAAGCCGCGGAAGGAGGGAUCGCGGCUGCAGCUGGUGCUAGGACUGUUUUCUGGGUGGCGGCACCCAUCGGGAAAUGAGGCGGUUGCAAGGAUGCGCGGAUGGAACCGGCGUGGAAAAAACGCCCGGGAGCACCCGCUUUGCAUGCAGAAAUUCGAACCGGGCGCGGGGAUGGCGAGGUCGUGUCCUGGAGUUCCGCUGUCACUCCGUGUGUUCUUCCUUGCGGAAUAGGAAUCUUUCCUGCGGGAGGAGUGAAACCGAGCUACUUUCGCUUUCCGCGCGUGCACCAGCUUCCAGCAUGCACGUGAGAAGGGGCCAGAAGCCAACCUUGCUAUCUCCAGCCUGGGUGUUGCUGCUGUUCUGGUUCCUCGCCUCGUCGCCCUGCACAGCCAGCCCAGCCUCCCUUCCUCUCCCGGAAACACUCCAUGCCGUCCGCCUGCUUCAGACGGUGGUGUUCCACAAUGCCAGUGACACGGACAUCGAGUUCACUAGUUUUCUGGGGGACGUGGAGGUAGUUUUAUUGGAUACCCGCACCUGGAAGUUCAAGUUCCUCCAGCCUUGGAGCGUAAGUGGCCUCACGUCUCAAGAGUGGGACCUUCUGCUGAAGAUUAUCAAAGGCUACUUCCUAGGCUUCGUACAAACCAUCAACAAAAUCGUUACGUUUCUCAAAGGCAGCUAUCCUUUCGUUGUGCAGUCCUUGAUCUUUUGUGAGUCCACGUCCAACGGGACGACGAGGGGCUUUUACGACGCUGCCGUAGAUGGGGAAUCCGUGGUCACCUUCAGUGCAGAUAACGGCAGCUGGGUUGCCCUGAAGGAUGAUGUGGUGGCUACCUCUGCUGAACAGAUCCUGAACAAUGACAAGGGCACGGUUGCAACUCUACAGAUCCUUCUGUUGGGCCAGUGCAUCAGAGCUCACAACACAUUCCUUGAGACCGGAAAGGAGGCUGUGCAGAGACAGGUGUCGCCGGUCAUUGGGGUCUUCACCCACAAGACCCCGCCAGCCCCCGACUCUUUGCUGCUGGUUUGCCGAGUCACCGGUUUCUACCCACGACCCAUCAACGUCUCCUGGUUGCAGGAUGAGAAGGAGCUGCCCAGCCAGGGCUUCAACUCCACUGAGAUACUGCCUAACCACGACCUGACUUACCAGAUCAGGAGUACUCUGGUUAUAAAGUCAGCGGAUCAGCGCAGUUACGCUUGCAGGGUUCAGCACAGCAGCCUGGGGGUGAAAAUCAUCCCUUGGGAAGGCAGAGGAAACAAGGCUGCACUAAUAAUAGGGAUUUCCGUUGUUGCUUUGUUCAUAGCUGGAGCCGUAGUUGUACUAAUUUGCCGGCAGAGGAGACGUAGGAGCUAUGAAGACAUCCACUCAAGCGGAAGGAACCCCACCAGUUAGCUGAGCAAAAAAA